CUCUCAGCAGAUGGCUGCUGUGGUCGCUGGCCUGGCUCGGCUCCUACAGCCAGCCAUGAUGUUCCCUGGAGGUGAGCCUGGCUGCCGAGGCCUGGCCCCCUGGUACCUUUUGGGGCUACGGCUGGUGGCCCUUUUCAUUGCCGACGGGCCCUGGUCCUCUCCCAACCCCGACCUGGUCUGCAACUGGACCAUGGUGGAAGCGGACAGUCGGCCUUUCUGCAGCGCGCUCUGCUUCAACCGCCACUUUCCUGCCCCCGUCUCCUCUGCGUGGGGUUUUGCCUUUUUGGCUGCCCUGCUCCCAGUGGGGCUAAUGGGGCUCAUAAGGACUGGAUCCAAGCACCGGAGAAAGGCAGCAAAGGGAGGAGACGAGGAGCUCACUGACAUCACUAGUGUGAGCCACGACAUGGCCGCCGGAUCCAGCAUGGCUCCUUUGCCCAACAUGUUCCGUCGGAACCCAAUGUCCCCCCGUUGCACCUGGCCCUUGGUGGCCUUCGUUUUCUGCGUGUUUCUCCUCCUGGCCAUGGAACUGGGCUUCUUCUGGGUUGUGAUAUCUCUGCAGAUCCCGUUGGUGCUUCGCACAACCUUCUUAUGCCUUCCAGGAGCACACUCCUGUCCCAAGGCACUAGAAUGUGCCCUGGGCCAAGCCGACAAGCACAUGGCACUGUGGGCAUUGGCUUUCACAGCUUUUGUCAACAUGGCGGCUUGCCUGGCCUACCUCUCCUGACUCUGGGGAGGGCUUCCCGAUGCCACAGAGGAAAAUGACAGAGCAAAAGAAGAGAGCAGGGCCAGCCCACCCA